GGCCGGCGGCCAGAAUUGAUGGCGGCGGAGUCGGCGGUGGCUUCGGCGUCGGGAUCGGGGAUCUGGUCGCGGCGGCGGGACGAGAUCACGUUCGAUCGCCUCCAGAAGUUCUGGAAUGACCUGCCACCUCAAGCACGACGGGAGCUCCUCAAAUUGGAUAAGCAAACCCUCAUUGAGCAAGCACGCAAGAAUUUCUACUGUUCAAGGUGCAAUGGGUUGCUUCUCGAAAAUUUCAAGUCGCUGCAGCAAGAAGUUUCAGAUAUUGAUUGUCUGAGCUCAACCGGUGAAUCAAGGAUUAGGCAACAAAUUGAGUCUCAGGAUCCAUCUGUUCAUCCUUGGGGAGGCCUUGCAACAACAAAGGAUGGCAUCCUUACGCUUAUUGACUGUUUUAUAAAAGCCAAGUCGCUACGGGUGCUCCAGAAUGUGUUUGACAAUGCACGAUCAAGAGAAAGGGAACGGGAAAUGCUUUAUCCUGAUGCAUGUGGUGGGGGAGGCAGAGGAUGGAUUAGCCAAGGGAUGGCUAGCUAUAGCAGAGGUUAUGGAACUAGAGAAACAUGUGCUCUGCAUACUGCCCACCUUUCAUGUAAUACGCUGGUGAAUUUCUGGUCUGCAUUAUGCGAAGAAACAAGAUCUUCUCUUCUGCGUAUGAAGGAGGAUGAUUUCAUUGAAAGAUUAAUGUAUAGGUUUGACAGCAAGAGAUUUUGCCGAGAUUGCCGAAGGAAUGUUAUCCGUGAAUUCAAGGAGCUAAAGGAACUGAAACGCAUGCGAAGGGAAUCUUACUGCACAAGUUGGUUCUGUGUUGCAGAUUAUGCCUUUCAAUGCGAGGUGUUUGAGGAUGCCGUCAUGGUUGAUUGGCGCCAAACUUUAUCAGUGAAAGAUGGAUCUUAUCAUCACUUUGAAUGGGCUAUUGGGACAGAUGAAGGACAAUCUGAUGUCUUUGGCUUUGAAAAUGUUGGGAUGAAGACCCAAGUCCACAGAAGCGGGAUUGAUCUUGACCAAUAUGAAGAUUAUUUCAUAACUUUGAGAGCUUGGAAGCUUGAUGGGCGCUAUACAGAGUUGUGUGUAAAAGCACAUGCAUUGAAGGGCCAAUCUUGUGUGCAUCACAGGCUGGUGGUAGGGGAUGGAUUUGUGGCGAUUACAAAGGGUGAAGGUAUAAGAAGUUUAUUUGAGCAUGCUGAAGAGGCCGAGGAAGAGGAUGAAGAUGAUGCCAUGGAAAGGGAUGAAAAUGAUCUUGACGGUGAUGGCUCUCAUCCACAAAAGCAUGCCAAAAGUCCUGAGCUGGCAAGAGAAUUUCUUCUGGACGCUGCUGCAGUCAUAUUCAAAGAACAGGUUGAGAAGGCCUUUAGAGAAGGUGCAGCCCAACAAAAUGCGCAAAGUGUUUUUGUGUCUCUUGCACUAAAACUCCUGGAGGACCGAGUCCAUGUAGCAUGCAAAGAAAUUAUUACGUUGGAAAAACAGAACAAGCUUCUUGAGGAAGAGGAGAAAGAAAAACUCGAAGAACAAGAGCGCAGGAUGAGGAGAAGAAUGAAAGAGAGAGAAAAGAAGAACAGGAGAAAAGAGAGGCUGAAAGAAAAGGAAAGGGAUAAGGGGAAAAAGCUAGUUGAAUUCAAAACCUCAGACGAUAUUUCAUCGUCAACUCUAAGAAACUCCUCAACAUGUACUAACAAUGAUUCGGGGAAUGCUUUUGGCUCCAAAGAUUCAGCUAGUGAAGAGGAAGAUAAUUCAGCAGUAGUUGAUCUGUGCCACUCUGAUACUGAAUCUUCAUGCAUAGAAAUUAAUGGACAGGAUAAUGUAGACUGCUACAAUACAGUGACAAAAUGUCUUCCAAUUAAUAGCAGUGAACCUUUCACAUCCGAGCAAUCAAAACCAUCAAGACGAAAUCUGAGGUUGAGAAAGGACAUUCCUCAAGACCAGUCCUCAUGUUGGCAUGAUAAUGCAAGAGAUGAAUCUGGAAGUGUUGGCAAUUUGCAGUGGCAAUCAAUGGAAAGAACGAGAAAUGGUGCUGGGAGCUGUAACUCAGUGUUUAGUACAAAUAACAGAACAAGAGAUCGGCAAGACUAUAGUUCUUGCAGCUAUGACCAUCAGGAGAGAGCUGGGGACAGCUAUUUUUCUCCAACAGCUAGAUCAGGUCGGGAGAUGAAGAUAGCAAGGAAAACAGGAGUUGAUAAGCCUUUGGUUCAGUACCGUCGUGUUGGUAGUACACAAGAGAGAGAUGCAAUUCCGAAGAAAGUAUGGGAGCGAAUGGAUACCCGAAUGAAGACUUGCUUACACGAAACAAAUAAUAUGUCAGGAUCAGUUGAUGAUGUCGACUCACCCAAACCAGUGCAAUCUGACAUCAGUGGAUGUGAAAAGCUUGACAAAGGACCUGAACCACUGGGUCAGGUUUCUGAAAUGUCCAGGGAUGUUUGUAAAUCAGAAACAGACCAGUUACAUGAACACUCUGAGGAAAAUCAAUCUGCUUGUUGUGAUGGAACUCCUGUGAUGAAUAAGCAAAAUUGUUACUCCACAAACAAUGAAGGUUCUAGGGUGGAUGAAGAGCUGAUGACAAACUCUGCCAGUUCUGAUGGUUCAUCUUCUUGUAUGAGCGAGGCAGAUAGAGAAAGCAGUUCAAGCAGUAUGACCUCUUUGAGCACUCAUAAUCCAGAACCAUCAUCAUCCGACUCAGAGGAAUCGUCUGAGAGAAUCAACAGCAUUGCAGAAGCUCCAUCAACAAAAACUGUUUCACGUUCUUUACUUGAGACAUGUGCGGGAAAUGGUUUCAGAGAAUACCAUCCAAAAGCCAAAUGCCCACCUCACAACGAGAGAUUUGGAUUCAAUGUAUCCCCCUUCCAGGAUCAGCUACUGCGUCACCAGAACAUGCAUACACCUGCGUAUUCGCCAACCACAGUUGGGCCUCACGGUCAUUCUUGUGCUGCUCCAACAAAUGGAUACUUCCAGUAUGGUCAGCCUCCCAGUUUCAUUUCCAGCCCACUCAGGUUCGGAGUACCUGGGAACCAAUCUGCAGAUUUCCCGGUGCAGUAUAACAAUGUUCAUCAUUACCCAGCUCCUCCUUAUAGUUGUAUCUACCCAGAGCAAAUUCGCAAGACGCCAGCAAGCUUCAGAGUCAUGCCUCCACCUCCACCUCCACCUUACCAACAUCGGACAGGGCCGAUCAGUGGUCACCCUGGUGGAGACCUGAAUCCAGAUAUGCAUAGUUCCAUGCUGAAGCCGAUGGGCCUGAAGGAUGCUGCAGAAGAUGGUAACAAAUUGCAUGACCGAAGCGCAUCCUUCUCGUUAUUCCAGUUCAACCUGCCUAUAGCUCCACAAGCACCACCAUCUUCCAAAGAUGAUAACAGUGGAGAGCACCUAGCAAGAACGCCAUUUGCUCCGGUUCAAGCCCAGCCUUGCUCUAGAGCGCAGGCAGAUAUGAAGGAGUACAAUCUGUUCUCCACUGAUCAAAGGGUCUAUUUUCCUUUAUCCAGAUAAAACAAACACACGUGGGAGACGUGUCUCCCCACUUUACUGUCAAAAAACAUAUACGGUGAGUGAUUGUAUUGUCUGAACAAAAUAAAAUAUUUUAAUAGUGUUUUUCCUGUAUGUUUA